CUUUUUUCGAGAAUGGACAUGGAAAAGUGACGCUCAAAGAUGGAUACCGACGAUACGUACGAUUGGAAGGGGAACAUGAAUCCCAUUUAUGCGCUAAUACACACCAACAGCCUUGAAGCUGAAAACAAAUUGGUGGCUUUUCAGAGAGAGGUUGAGGCCCUUAGGCGGGAACAGGAGAACACUCUGACUGAAAUGGAGAAAGAGAGCACAUUGGACGACAGGUUUCUUGGUGAGCUGAAGGACCAAGAUAUUGAGAUCUGCAAGCUGCAGGAUUAUGUUAAUCAGCUGCAAAAAGAGAACAGCGAAGCUAAGAUGCUUCUAGAAGAGCAGGAGAAAAAACAUAAUAUCACCAUGGAUGCUUUCAAGCAGGAGCUACAUGCUAACAGCCUUGACGCUGUCAACCAAUUGGCGGCUAUUCAGAGAGAGGUUGAGGCCCUUCAGAACGAACUAGAAUACACUGUUGCUGAGAUGGAGAAAAAGCAGAGAUGCCUUGAUGAGUUCAUGGACAAAGACCUUGAGGUCGGCAAGCUGCAGGAUUAUGUGCAUCAGCUGCAGCGAGAGAACAGGGAGGCCAAGAUGCUUUUGGCCAAGCAGGAGAAAAAUCACACAAUCACUGUGGAUGCGAUCAAGCAGGAGACCAACAACAAAUUGGUGGCUACGCAGAGACAAGUUGAGGCCCUUAAGAGGGAACUUGCAAACACUGUGAUAGAAAUGGAUGAAAAGGAGAGGUAAGGGAGACAGUGCUGUG